AUGAGGUCGCGCCAGGAGUAUCUCAAGAAGCGCGAGGCUGAGCGGCUGGCCCUGCUGAGGCGGCAGGUCGCCGAGGAGACGGAGGAGCUCAGGAGCGGCGUGCGGCUGUCGGAGCGCGAAAAGGCAGAGUUUGCUAAGAACAGAGAGCUGCUGCGCCUGGCCGAGGAGCGGCUGAGGAUCGACGACCACCAGGAUGGCUACGUGAUGCCCGAGGACUACAUCACCGAAAAGGGCAAGCUGGACCAGAAGAAGAAGGAGGAGGCGCUGUACAAGCGCCACGUCGAGCGGGACGAGUACGGCCAGGAGAAGUUUGUCACCGAGCACGACGAGUGGGAGCGGGAGCAGACCACCAAGGCCAAGGCGCAGAUCCAGGGCCGGGAACGAGAAAACGACAACUACGACUACGUGCUGGACGACGCUCAGUACAUCCAGUGGAGCCUGGACUCGCGAAUGCCGGGCGAGCGCAAGACGCUGACCAAGGAGCAGCAGUUUCUGGAGGCUCAGAUCGAGGCGGCGGAGAAGAAGGCCCUGUCUAUCCAGGAGACGAGGAAGAGCCUGCCCAUCUACCAGUACCGGGAGCAGUUCCUGCAGGCUCUGGAGCAGUAUCAGAUCCUCGUCAUCGUGGGUGAGACGGGCAGUGGCAAGACGACCCAGCUGCCCCAGUAUCUCCACGAGGCCGGAUACACCAAGAACGGCAUGAAGGUCGGAUGCACGCAGCCACGAAGGGUAGCGGCAAUGAGUGUGGCGGCGCGUGUUGCCGACGAAGUUGGCGUCAAGCUCGGCCACGAGGUCGGCUACUCGAUCCGAUUUGAAGACUGCUCGAGCGAGAAGACGAUACUCAAGUACAUGACGGACGGCAUGUUGCUCCGAGAGUUCAUGACGGAGCCUGAUCUGGCGGGGUACUCAGCCAUCAUGAUUGACGAGGCCCACGAGCGGACGGUGCAUACGGACAUUCUGUUGGCCCUGGUCAAGGAUCUGGCACGAGAACGGAAAGAUCUGAAGCUGCUCAUAUCCUCUGCCACCAUGAACGCCGAAAAGUUCGCGCAGUACUUCGACGACGCUCCCAUCUUCAACAUCCCUGGUCGACGGUACCCCGUGGACAUUUACUACACGCCCGCGCCAGAGGCCAACUACCUGGCUGCCGCCAUCACAACCGUGUUCCAGAUUCACACCACGCAGGGCAAGGGCGACAUUCUUAUAUUCUUGACAGGACAGGACGAGAUCGAAGCCGCCGAAAUGGAGAUUGCAGAGACUGCGAAGAAGCUUGGGAAUCGAAUCAAGGAAUUGGUCAUCUGCCCCAUCUACGCCAACCUGCCGUCAGAACUCCAGGCCAAGAUUUUUGAGCCCACCCCAGAGGGCGCCCGCAAAGUCGUGCUGGCGACCAACAUUGCCGAGACAAGUCUGACGAUUGACGGCAUUGUCUAUGUCAUCGACCCCGGCUACGUCAAGGAGAACGUCUACAACCCGGCGACUGGCAUGUCGAACCUGGUCGUCGUCCCCUGCUCUCGAGCAUCCGCCAACCAGCGCAGCGGUCGUGCCGGACGUGUCGGGCCGGGCAAAUGCUUCCGGCUCUACACCAAGUUUGCCUACAUGAACGAGAUGGAGGAGUCUCCGCUGCCCGAAAUCCAGCGGACGAACCUCAACGGCGUGGUGCUGCAGCUCAAGUCGCUGGGCAUCAACGAGCUGUUGGACUUUGAAUUCAUGGAUCCGCCCCCGACGGAGACGCUCAUCGGCGCCCUGAACCAGCUCUUUGCCCUCCAGGCUCUCAACCACAAGGGUGAGCUGACCAAGAUUGGCCGCCAGAUGGCCGAAUUCCCCACCGACCCCAUGCUGGCAAAGGCCGUGCUGGCAGCCGACAAGGAGGGCUGCGUCGAGGAGGUCCUGUCCAUCGUCUCCAUGCUGGGCGAAGCGUCCGCGCUCUUCUUCCGGCCCAAGGACAAGAAGAUCCACGCCGACAGCGCCCGCAACCGCUUCACCGUCAAGGAGGGCGGCGACCACAUCACGCUGCUCAACAUCUGGAACCAGUGGGUCGACAGCGGCUUCUCGCCCAUCUGGGCCAAGGAGAACUUCUUGCAGCAGCGGUCCCUGACCCGCGCCCGAGACGUGCGGGACCAGCUGGCCAAGCUGUGCGAGCGCGUCGAGGUCGCCCCCUCGACGUGCGGCGCCAACAACCUGCGGCCCAUCAAGCGCGCCAUCACGGCCGGAUUCUUUCCCAACGCCGCCCGGCUGCAGAAGAGCGGCGACAGCUACCGCACCUUUAAGAACAACACGACGGUGUGGAUCCAUCCGAGCAGCGUGCUGAUGUCGGUCGACCCGCCCGAGAAGACGGUGAUUUACUACGAGCUGGUGCAGACGACCAAGGAGUACAUGCGCAGCGUGAUGCCCAUCGAGGCCGCAUGGCUGGCAGAGCUGGCGCCUCACUUUCACAAGAAGAAGGAUAUCGAAGCGUUGGAGGACCGCAAGAUGCCGAAGAAGGGGCGAUGA